AUGUUUCGUAAUGUUACGAUAUCAAUAGAUGUUAAUUCUUAUACUAAAUGCUCAGGAAAUACGAUAAUGAUGGAAAAUGUUAGCAAUUCAUUUGGAUUAAUUGAAAAUGCUGAUCAGGUUCUCGCUCAAUUUGGUAAUCGUCAACGAUAUAUUUUAUUGAUUACAAGUUUAUUAUCAAUUAAUUGGGCAAUAGCUUCAAUGCCAGUAAUGCAUGGUACAUUUAUUAUUGAUGAUGAAUGCUUAAAUACGACAAAUUUUGCUACCAAUGCAAACAAUAUGAAUGCAUGUGUGGAAAACUCAAUAACACUAAUCUCUGAGUUUAAUUUACGCGGUAAUCGGCGAUAUCUACUAGAAUGGACAAGUUCAGCAUUUAUGCUAGGAAAUAUGAUCGGUAGUAGCUCACUUACAUAUUUGUCAGACAACAUUGGACGACGUCCAGUCUUAAUUUCCAGCCUACUAUUGCUUGGAAUUGUUAGUAUGUUAACUUGCUUAGCUGGAAGUAUUGUUACUUUUAUUAUUGGACGUUUGAUACAAGGUUUUUGUUCUCCGGGUGCAUUAUUGGUCGGUUGGGUACUUGGCUAUGAAAAUGUACCAGUUGGAUUACGAGGUUUUGUCACUUUGAUAUAUGGUGUUAUGUGGGUAGUUGGUUUUUGUGCGGUAGCGCCACUUGUUUAUUUCAUUGUUAAUUGGCGAUGGCAAAUGUUGGCAUAUUCGAUACCAUCUAUAAUUCUCGCUAUCAUAUAUUUUUUUACUAUUCCGGAAAGCUUACAUUUCUUGAUAGUUAAUGGACGAAAUCAAAAAGCUGCAAAAUGGAUCCGGAAUGCAGCAAAGUACGGAAAAGUUUUACAUAAAAGAAAUGUUGAUGUGAUGGUGGAACUACUCGAGAAUACAUAUUUAGUUGUAAAGGUACAUGAAAAUGGAAAGGAAGUGACGAAGAAUUUAAGGUCACUAUUAUUUGACCAAUUAAUGGAGCAUAAGAUUUUCUGUAUUUAUACAUUAAUCUUAAUUUUUCUCUGGACCAGUGAUACAUUCCUUUAUUAUGGCUUAUCGAAUUUUAGCAUUCAUUUACCGGGAAAUAAAUACUGGAAUUAUAUAUUAUCAGGUUUAGCCGAAUUACCAGCAUAUUUUGCUGUAGUCUAUGUUAUUAAUAAUUUCGGACGUAAACGAAUCGUAUCGUACAUGCAUUUCUUAGUUGGAAUAUUACAACUGAUUCUUAUAUUUAUGCCUAAUGGUUAUAUUUGGUUUUCAACUUUCUGUUGGCUAAUAUCCAAAUUUGGAAUUUCAUUAUCAUUUAUGUGCAUUUAUGUUUAUGGAAGUGAAAUAUUUCCUACAACAAUGCGUAAUGUUUGCUUAGGAUUAUGUGCUGUGAUCGCACGAUUUGGUGGUGUUAUUGCACCGUAUGUUAUCCUUUUGAGUUCACUGCACGCAUUAUUACCGCCAAUCGUUUUUGGAUUAAUAGCCAUAAUUGCCGGAAGUCUUACAUGUAUUCUACCGGAAACAAAAGGAUGCGCAUUACCAUCAUCAGUGGGUGAAGCGGUACAAGUAAAACAUCAUUUAUCCAAAUCUUCAACAUCUCAGGAACAAUCCAAUCUACCAACAACAUCAUCAACUAAUCAAAUUCAUUCAAAAAUAAAUUUGUAA